GCUCGCCGUCCGUUUACGCCCUCCGUCUCUCCCGAAGACGAUCCCUGUCUAUUCCCUAGUCCUCGGCCGAAACCCUCGCGCGCGCCGACCGCAGGCCAUGGAGGACGACCGGCAGGGGCCACCGGGCGACGGCGCCGAAGAUCUCGAUCUCGACCUCGACCUCAUCAGCCGCCUCCCGGACGAGCUGCUCGGCACCGUCGUCUCGCUCCUCCCCACCAAGGACGGCGCGCGCACGCAGUUACUCUCCCGCCGCUGGCGCCCGCUCUGGCGCUCCUCCAUGGCGCCGCUCAACCUCAUCGCCGACUACCACCUCUCCGAAAAGGACUCGCGCGCGGCGCUGGUCUCCAGGAUCCUCGCCGAUCACCCCGGCCCGGCCCGCCGCUUCUCAAUCCAGCUCAUGUUCCUCCCGGAGAGCUUCGACGAGGUCGACGGCUGGUUCCGCUCCGGGACCCUCGCCGGCCUCCACCAGCUCGAGGCCACCAACCUGCGGAAUAGCUACUACCCGCUGCCGCAGCACGCCCUGGUCCGCUUCGCGCCGACGCUGCGCGUGCUCAGCCUCGGCGGUUGCCGGUUCCCUGACCUUGCCCGGCCGCCGAGCUUCCCGCACCUCAAUCAGCUCAUCCUAUACGAUGUCGGCAUCUCGGAGAGCUCUCUGCAAAGUGUGAUCUCGGGCUGCCUUGUUCUGCAAAGCGUCUCGCUGCACAACAUGGGCUUUGGUCGCCUUUGCAUCAGGUCGCCCACCCUCCGGAGCAUCGGCUUCUAUGCUCCUCGCACACAAGGCGUCACCACUUUCCAGGAGCUGGUAAUCGAGGAUGCCCCUUGCCUUGAUAGAUUGCUGCCAAUUUAUCCAGAUGAUGGCCCCGUGACUAUACGAGUGAUUCGGGCUCCUAAACUGCAGAUAUUGGGUUUUUUGUCGGAAGGCAUAUCCACACUCCAAUUUGGAACGACAGUAUUUCAGAAAAUGUUUGCUGUCAGCUUGACAACCAAGAUGUACACAAUGAAGAUUUUGGCUCUUGACUCAAUUGGCCCUAAUCUGGAUGCAGUUAUUGAUUUUCUCAAGUGCUUCCCCUGCUUGGAGAAGCUCCAUGUCAUUUCGCAUCCCCAAAAGGCUAUGAAUAAUGUGCGGAAGUUUGACCCACUCGAGCAAAUUGAAUGCCUUGAACUCCAUCUAAAAAAAGUGGUGUUGAAGAAUUACAAUGCUGACAAGAGUCCAUCAGUCGACUUUGCAAACUUCUUUAUUUUGAAUGCCAAAGUGCUGGAGGAAAUGGAAAUCGGAGUUCUUGACGACGGCAGCUACAGAUGUAUGUGUGACAAAUGGAUGCGUGAUCAACAUAGGCCGCUUCAGUUGGAUAACAGAGCUUCUCAAAAUGCUCGAAUUGAACUAAAAAGGGAUGGAAAGGCGAUCCCAGCAAACCACGGGCAUACCCAUGAUUUGUCAAUGGCUGAUCCCUUUGACAACUCCUCGUGUGGAUGUGGUAAGUGUGUUAGAUAUAGUUAGCCUUUUUGAUGCUGGCGUCACCCUCUCUGUCCAAAGCAAUGGUAUUAUGUGGCUCCCUUGUUCUUCAGUCUAUAUAAUGGUUCUUGUGAAGCUCUGCAAAAUGGUCUUCUACUCGAUUCAACAAUGCAGUGCUUUGUAACUCACUGUGGGGGAAAACAGGACUGAGGAGGUGGUGCCUGACCCAGCCAGAAUGUUGCUAGUAUUGUGUCUUCUGUUUGGUUAAUACUCAUUGUUUCUCUCCUAUUCUAUGUCGGGUCGUUACUGGGAGCACCUGCUGGCUGUAGCUAAUUUAUCUGUGUAUCUACUCUUGCUUUAAUAAAGAACACAUCCUUGUAUUUUUUUGUCUAGAAACCUUGUAACUUUUGUCUAGAAAUAUGCAGUACAGAGUUUAUUUCUUUGGAUGCAAUUUAUUACAACUUUAUCAGCAGGUAUGAUCACUAUUUGAAAUUGCAACACACAAGUAAUAUGUGCAACCCUGUCUCUGCAUGUUUAGGCAAGAAUGUAUCUUCUGUGUCAGAACCAUUUAUUUCACACAAUUGAAAUUCGUUUUCUUGCACUUGUCGCUACUUAUUCUAUUGACAUAUAAAGAAAAGUAUGUAAACUUUACAUGUUGUUUCUUCUGUGUACAUUUAGGUGCCAUUAAAAGCUACACUUAUCUGUUUUUAAUGGUUUCCUGAGCUCAUUCUGACACAGAAUGUGAAAAUGGGAAAAUGUUAUACUACUUGAUUUAUCAGUUUAUCAUAUUUACAUGAGUUGAACUGUCCCAUGCCAACAAGCGCAGCUACUGUGAGUGAGGAUGAUUUCUGAACUCUGAGAGCAGGCAGCUUGAUUCGUUAAUAUUUGGUUCUUUUCUGACGCUGUGGUUUUGCCUCAAGUGUUUGGCUGAUGCACUUUGAGUUAAACCAAAUGAGUACUCAGAGCUUCCUUGCUACUGAUUAUUCAAUUUGAGCUUACAUUUUACAAGUGCUCAUUUCAAAUACUAAUAAUAUGCUAUGGUCGAUACGUAGAACAGAUCAGUGGUGCAUAUAUAUACUUUUGGUUGUUUCCUUUUUUAUAUUUUGCAGUCCUUUGUCAGCAAAUGAUUUGGCAUGGAGAAUAGGCUGAUUCGUUAAUGAUCUUUUCAUCUUUUGUUGUUUCCUGGCAUCAUAUGUUUGACUGAUUCAGUUUCAGUUAAACUGCAUGAUCGCCAAGUUGCAGCAUAUUAGACGAUCGCGCCUUUCGCCAUCCGUCGCUGCCCAUCCAGGUAGUCGAUCUUUUUAUGUUGUCAAUCAUAGACAAUUAGCACCAUUGCAGGUGACCAUGCCAUGCUCUUUUGGGUUCCCAGUACUCGUUUCAGUAUUUGCUUUCAUCCCUUUAGUCUGUAAAAAAAUCGGUACUCUCGUUUAAUUUCAAUCUCGAUUUGCUGCUUACAUUACCCAUUUUCCUCUCAAUUCGGUGCAAUUGUCUGCCUAUGGUUAAUACAAAAUUCAAACUUUGCUGUUGGAACGUAUGUGGCCUUGGCCUCCCGCCAAAAUGCUCUGACGUCUUAUCUGAACUUAUUCAGUUAAAAACUAAUGCAUGUUUCUUUCAGGAAACAAAACUCUCAACUUGAGAUGAAGUUAAACAGAGAUCCUUCCUCGCUAGAAAUCUGGUCAUUGUUCAACAUAAAAAUGCAACUGGCUCGUCCGGUGGAAUCCUCUCACUCUGCUUCCUCCCUUUAUUUAUGCAGUAACAUGGAUAAUGUGCAAUAUAAACAAUAUGCCAACCAGGAUAUCAUGGUGCAAAUGCCCCCCCCCCCCUCACAGACAACUUAGUCUGGUUCAUAUCGGGUUCAUAUUUGAGGAUAAUAUCAUAAAUAUAUCCAUUAUAGAAUGUGCAGUCCAACACUAGCUUUUUCCCAUCAAAACAAUAUAUUAUGUGGCUCCCUUGUUUGUUAGUGUAACUAGAUGACCCGUUGCACCGAUGACGCAAAGGGCGAGAGCAAACCAAGCUUUCAAACCAUGAGAGUAAGAAUAUUUAGAGACCGAUCAUUAACUCUUUGUACACUAUGAUGUUCCACUGGACCGAUCAUUAACUUCUUUAUCUGUACAACAAGUUGGAAUGAGCAGUAUUAAUUGUCUAUCUUGUUGUACAGAUAGGAAGACUAAUGGUUAGCACUACUUUAGACCUGUCUAGGAAUUAAGCAACCUGUCUAGGAAUUAGUUGAAUUCCUAACUAUGUGUCGAAAGUUGGGCGCACAUUUGGGUAUGACAUAAGGUCCAUAAUAUUGCCUGAGGUUAUCUUGUAAUUGUUUUGAAAUAGAUUUCUACGAAUCGAUGUUGGACUAGACUAUAUAUUGACCAAUGAUGAGAAGUUGGUAAUCAGUAGAGAGCGGCCUUCCUGCACGCAGCGCAUCGAUGGCCGUGCUGCGCGAUGUGAUGUGUGCAAAAGAAAACGUGAAAGUAACUAAAGCUGACAUACAUUGCUGGAUACAAGCAAAUACACCGCACACAUCGCCUCCGGUGGGCUUGCCUGGUACAGGUUUUGACGUACGCAGGGUCGGUCCGCUCAGAGCGUGCAGAGGGUACAUUAUUAAUUUUGACAGGCGGGCCCUGGCUUGGUGGCGUGUAACCAGGUUGGGGCAAAGACCACGGGAACCCUUUUCACAUCUGGGGCAAAGACCACGCCAAGCCGGAGGCAGUGGUGGCGCCCGUGGUUCGUCAGGCUCUGCUCAUGGCGACUGGUGCAGAAUCUGGAUCGAUGUCGGCGGUCAACGAUCCAGGAGCACGCUUGGGGGCGUCCAUUUCGGGCGGUGGCGGCGCCGCGGCGGCCGAAUUCGGUCGUGCGAGCGUUCUCUCUUGAUAUGCGCCAGCCGGAUCAGGGCGGUGCCGUCGUUGGGCGACAUGUUAGUAAAAAUCUGUGGCUCUGUUCUUGCCGGUUGACCGCGCUGGUCUAUGCUAUCCUCCUUCCUCCAUGGUCCUGUCGCCUUUUGCGAACCAAUUUUUGCAGAUUGGCCCGCACGGCGAGCGCUCCAGAUGUGGUAGGGGGUGCACACGCGGGGUGCGGCGUCGAGCCGCCGGUCCCCGAAGCACAUGUGUUGGGGGGCACACCGGCGCCAGAUGUGGAGUCAUCGGGGGUGUGCACGACAUUGAGCUCUGGCGGCGGCGCUUGGCCAUCGGCGGACAUAGGGGUUGGCACACAUUCGUCGGGCGUGCAGGCGGCAGCUCACUGGGCGCCGCGGCUACCUGCAGCGGUGGUGUCGCUGGGCGCAAGAAAACUAGUUACUUGGGGUCUGUAUCUCCGAUUUUAGUCAUCUGUCUUGUGUCUUUGUAUCCCUAUUUGAUCCUGAAGGUCUGUAUUUGCACUGGUUUAUUUGCUUUCGAUUGGGAUUCGAAAGACUUAUGUUCUGGUUCAUUAAUAAAAGCCAUUUGUUUUCUACGAA